AUGUUCACUCACGCCCCCCUCAAUGAAAGUCGCCGAGAAAUCAGGCUCGUCAGAAUCCGCCCCCCGCCCAACGAACAAGUCAGCGCCAAGAAGACGAUCGCACUUGAAAUCAAACACGCCUCGCUAGACGAGCCGGGACUGUCAUACGCGGCACUCUCGUACGUGUGGGGGAGCGCCACCGACACGGCGCCGAUUGAGAUCGAAGGUGCCUCUUUCAGCGUCACCUUGAACCUUCAUGCCGCGCUCCAGCAACUGCAAAUGAACUCGGUCGACUCCUGGUUCUGGAUAGACGCGCUCUGCAUUGAACAGGCCAACCUAGAGGAGAAGAGCUGGCAGAUCGGUACUAUGCGGGAUAUCUUCAGCGGCGCCGACAUGGUCUACGUGUGGUUGGGCCCCGGAACCGAAAACAGUGAUUUAGCUAUGGACUUUAUUUCCCGGACUGGAACCACACUCAAUAAGUGCGACGCUGUAGACUUGAGGUCGAAAUUCAGGGAUAAUCAAGAGGUCAAGUUAUACAUCCAAGAGCGCUUCUCUACCCAGGGCGAGGCAAUCAAUCCUACCGAGUCAAUGACGACCAUCGAGGAAGCUUAUAGAACGACAGAAGACUCCACACCAAAGGAAAAAUCAGAAAUCGAGGAAAGAGAAUGCCUGAUAAGAUUUAGGCUGGCCGUAUACGACAUCUUCUGUGACUUUUUCGGACACCGUUCACGACGAAUAAGCGAGGCGAUUCGUGAUCUCCUUGACCGAGAGUACUGGCAACGCAUCUGGAUCAUUCAAGAAGUAGUACUCGCGCGGAACACCUCUGUUGUAGUUGCUGGAAAUAGAAGCGUCUUGUUGGAUAUUUUCGACGCUGCUCUCAGGAUAUUGUGGGAUCAUCGGGGUGCAGUCCAUCUCGACCAUCCAUCCUGGACCAGGUUUACUUUACCGAUAUCAGGAGCGCUCAGAGGAUUGAAGUCUCUGGGAGUGCGGUACCAACGUCGACGAGGUGUUCGCGUAAGGCUGGAGAACAUCUUAUGGGAGCUGACCGUCGCCCCGGAGCGGCCUCAUUACUCUGCCACGGACCCGAGAGAUAUUCUUUUCGGAUUACUUGGCAUACUCGAAGAAAACGAGAAACAAAGCUCCCGAGUAGACUACUCGCUUUCCAAGGAGGAUGUCUUUGUCAAUAUUACGACCACUAUACUUGAUUCUCCUGGUGGCGGGCCCUCCCGCUUUCGUCUCGAUUCCACAGUCCCAGAAGACCGAAAUGGCACGCUCCCGACAUGGGUGCCAGACUGGCAAGUCAUUGGCCAAUACGGUGUGUCCACAUGGCCGAUUAGCUACAGCCAUGAAUUUGAAGCAGCGGCACAGAGAAAGCAGCGACGGAAAGCUUCCGACUGCCUGGUAAUACACGACGGCAGAACUAGCAUACUCCAGGAAGGAUGUUACGUCGAUAAAGUCACGGAAGUGAUGGCUCCUCCCGUAUGGGAGCAGGUCGAUGUCUACACUGCGCCCACGUUGAAAAGGCCCGAUGACUGGUUCCUUUCGGUCAUUGAAUUCGCCGGUCUUGGGCCGGAGCCUGACCCUGAAGAAGACCACAUUUGGCGUAUACUCAGGCGCGCCGAUUACCGGAAGAUCAAGGACAAUCAUCGCUACACAAUCACUGCGGAAGUCACCGACCUUUGGCGGAGAAUCAUGCGAGUCCAGGCUCUAGAUGCGGCGACGUUGACCACAGAAGAGACGGUGUUCAUUAUUGCAGACACUCGAAGCCGCAGCCCCUCGAGAUCCCAUGAAUACAUCAGUGUAACUGACGAGGAUCUGAGCAGAUUUGCGCAAGAUGCGCGAAGAUAUUUGGGCGCGACCAAUAGGAACCGCACGCUGUUCAAGACCGCAAAAGGGAGGGUUGGUCUCGGGCACGUUGGAGUCGAGGUAGACGAUGUGGUGACGCUGAUUUGGGGGGCAUCUUGUCCCAUUGUCUUGAAGGAACGGUCUGAAGGGCACUUUUACUUCGGGGGGGACGCAUACCUAGACGGCAUGAUGUUCGGUGAAUUCCUUCAGACUGAGCCCGCAGAGGUGGAGUUUAGGAUAUUUUGA